AGCUCAAUAGACGAUUGCACCCAUAGGCGUGGCGAGCAAGGAACGACGAGCAUUCUAUCGGUACGCCCUACUGUACCUGAAAAACCGCGUGCCCCGAGGCGAUGCGCCGAAGCUGUGUAAGCCGGUGGAGUAGCUGAUUAGGCGCUGCUUAGUCACCCGAACUGCAGCCUUGGACCCCGGCUCGUGAGCGUGGCUUAUAAAUAGUCGUGGAAUUGCCAAAAAAGUGAAGAAUGCAGCCCUCUAUUCUAACUAUCAAAUCAGAGACCUCGGAACUGAAGCAAAUCGUGAAUGUCCGAAUUGCAAGUAUGUUAUUGAUAAUAGUGAUUGCUUUUGUUUUUAUGAGACGAAAGCACUUGAAAUGAAAGGAAGCCCGCUGUUUGGGAAGUCGCCUCCACCAACACCUCGCUGGAGUUGAUAUUCUACUAUCUCUGCCCAUUAAUUUUGAAAGAAGUAAAAGCACCAGCACAAGUUUCAGCUACCCUCUUCACUUAAAAGCCUAAGGUAAAUAUGAUGAAGAUCAUCUCAACCACUAAAUUUUGGAAGGCAAAAACAGCAUCUCAGCUAUUCUCUCCCAGCCCAAUAGCCACACCCUCUCAAUUUCCCCUUGGAUGCAUGCAGAAAGAAACCCAAGCGCAUGUAAGCCUCUCCCCUCACUAUUAAUUAUUCUAUGCUCUAGAGGCCAAUCAUAAUGCAUCACAUCACCCCUUCGCUCGAUACCGCCGCUCGAUUGCAUUCUAAUUGGUCUACGGACAGUGUUUUGCGUCCGACCUUCGCACAAAAUAAUCUCUCCUCCCUUGCAGUUCGGCCCAGGUGCACGCGAGAAGAUGCUCGGAUUUACUCCAGGAUACCCACACGCAACUCUUAGGUCGCAGGUGUCCCCGCCCACCUCGGCUUGCUCUUAGUUAUGGAAAGUCGAAGAGAAGUGCUCUCUUGGUCUCGCACUUGUAGCUAAGUUCUCAAAGCCACAAGGAGCUUCCCACUCUUUGUUGCUGAAGAUGCUGUAACUGAUAAUGAAAAAAGCCGCUCCUUGCCCGUCUGUACUCUAUCCUUCGUAUGGACAACAGGAAGAAAGCCCCCAAGCCCUUUUACUCUCAGCCGCUUGGUUUUCCAAAAAUACUCGGAUUUGUUGCAGUUAUGAUGGGCUUGGGGUGCUGGCAGAUGCAGAAAUUGUCGGAAAAAACAGGAGCUGUAGCGGAUUUUAUUGUCUUUAAGGUUUCUUUGGAUUGGCCUGGCCUUCCUGCGGGUGUAAAGUUUGACCCCACUGAUGUAGAACUUCUAGAGCAUCUAGCAGGAAAUGUUGGGGCUGGGAUGUCCAAGGCCCAUAUUUUCAUAGAUGAAUUCAUCCCAACACUUGAUGGAGAUCAAGGAAUUUGCUAUACGCAUCCUGAGAAUCUUCCUGGUGUCAAAAAAGAUGGAAGUAGUGCUCAUUUUUUUCACAGAACAUCAAAUGCAUAUGCAACUGGAUGCAAGAAGCGCAGGAAGAUACGCAAUGAAUAUAGUGAGUCUGAAGAACGUGUUAGGUGGCACAAAACUGGUAAAACCAAACCUGUGGUAGAGAGUGGUGUUCUGAAGGGCUGGAAGAAGAUUAUGGUUCUAUACAGAAGUUUGGGGAAGGGCUGCAAGCCAGAUAAGGAUAAUUGGGUGAUGCAUCAGUACCAUCUUGGGACAAAUGAAGAUGAAAAAGACGGGGAAUUGGUUGUUUCAAAGGUUUUUUACCAGCAGCAUACAAAGCAUGUGGGUAGCGGUGAGGCUGAAAUAUUACCUGAUGAAUUAGAUAGUUCAAAUAUUAAAAACUGUCCAAGAACCCCAAAAACGACUGCACCACAGCCACCACGCUUCAAAAUGAAUUCGUUACGUGAAGCUGAUCAACACGAUCAUCUUCCCUUGCCAGUUCAGGAGAAACGUCCAGAAGAGGAAUCAAUGCCAUCACCAUUUCCCAUUAUCUGUCUUAAGGAUGAACAUAAUGGCUCUGCUUGUUGGGCUGAUGAAUCUCAAGCCAUUCAGGAACCUGAGACAGAGAAGAUUUAUGAGUCGUUGUUAUGCCAUGAAGUGCUUUUUCCUUUCACUAGCAUUGGGGGAUCAUCUCCACAAUUUGACCAUCUAGAGAUUGCUGAUGGCAAUAAAGAACAGCUUAAAAGAGAUGCGAACACAGAUGACGGGUUCUCUUGUCUUGAGGACAUAGAUAUUGACACUCCAUCAGACUUUCACCUUUCGAUGCGGAAUCUUGGAUCCCUCAACCAAUUUCUGGGCAUCCAUGCUGUUAAAACAAACUCAGGCAUUCUAUUACACCAACAGCACUAUGCCAAAGCUAUCGUUGAACGUGCUGGGAUGACUCAAUCCAAGCCGGUCUCUACUCCAAUCGCUUGCAAGAUUACAACAUCAUCCACCUCUCAAGAGCCCUUCUCCAAUCCUCAGCUAUACCGACACAUAAUCGGUUCUCUACAAUAUCUCACUCCGACGAGGCCGGAUAUUCAGUUCGCUGUUCACCAGUUAUGCCAGCAUAUGCAACAUCCACUCAAUCAGCAUUUCGACGCACUCAAACGUCUUCUUCGGUUCAUCAAUGGCACCACGAACACCGGCAUCCAAUUCCACUCGCAGGACCUCACGCUACGCGGUUAUGUAGAUGCCGACUGGGCAAGCAAUUCGCUCGACCGCAAGUCUAUCUCCGGGCAUUGCCAUUUCAUGGGAAACUCACUCAUCUCAUGGCAAGUUAAGAAACAGAAUACAAUCGCCCGCUCAUCUACAGAGGCGGAAUAUCGCGCUCUUGCGUUCGCCACAGCCGAAAUUAUAUGGCUUCGGCAGCUACUUGAAGAUUUUCACAUCCCUCAAACCAACCCCACCGUCAUAUACUGUGACAACACCUCGGCCAUUGCACUCGCCAACAAUCCAGUUUUCUAUGCCCGGACCAAACACAUUGAAGUUGACUGCCAUUUCAUUCGAGAACAUAUCCGGAACAAAAUUAUCACCGUCCACCACAUCUGUUCCGCCGAUCAACUAGCCGACUUCUUCACCAAAGCUCUUCCUACCACCAGGUUUCAACUAAUGGCAAACAAACUCACAGCAGCCUUGCAACCGCAAGUUUGAGGGGGGCUAUUAGCCAUAUCACACAUGGCAACUGUUCAUUCGCCACUAGAGUUACUUAGAAUAGGCCUGUGUUAUUUCUUAUCCUGUGAUUCUAUAUAAAGACCACUGUACACCUCUUUUGAUAUAAUGAAAAAUAUAGUUUCUUUA